GGGCCUGACAGGUGAUCCUGCCGAGCGCAAGACGAGCACAGGAGAGGUGAGAAGAAGAGAAGAAAGUUUUCUGUGGAGGAGGGGAGAGAGAGAGAAGUCGUAGGAUGUCUGUUAUUGGCGCGCUACCUUUCAUCAAACCAAUGCUGCCUGGACCGUCCGUCUCUCCGGGCAUCCAGAGGAGACACACUCUGCCCGCGAGCGAAUUCAGACCCCUGAACACGCAGGACGCCAUCAGCGUGUUUGAGAUCGAGCGAGAAGCGUUUAUCUCAGUGUCAGGUGAGUGUCCCCUCCACCUGGAUGAGGUGCGUCAUUUCCUCACACUGUGUCCAGAACUUUCUAUGGGAUGGAUUGAGGAGGGCCGGCUGGUGGCUUUUAUCAUCGGCUCUCUGUGGGACCAGGACAGACUCUCCACAGAUGCACUAACUCUCCACAAGCCGCGCGGCUCCACCGCCCACAUCCACGUGCUCGCCGUGCACCGCACCUUCCGGCAGCAGGGCAAAGGUCCCAUCCUGAUGUGGCGCUACCUGCAGUACCUGCGCUGCUUCCCAAACGUGCGCCGCGCCCUGCUCAUGUGCGAAGAGUUCCUGAUCCCCUUCUACCGUAAAUCCGGCUUUAAGGUGCUGGGCCGCUGCGCCAUCACCGUGGGUCCCCUGACCUUCACGGAGAUGUUGUAUCCGAUCAGCGGGCACGCGUACAUGCGCAGGAACAGCGAGGCCAUCCGCUUCCCGCAGCAUCCUCUGACUCUGCCGCUGACAAAGACUGAUGAGCAGGCGGAUGUAUGACCAGGUGCAGUUUGUCACUCAGGUGUCACUCCUUUCUAGGAGAUUAUUGUUCAUUAAAGUCUGCUUUCUGUUUGUUGAACUAAAGCUAAAUGUGACGUCAGCCCCCCUCCUUCAUGUCAAAUAAAAACACAGGUUUCAUUAAACCAUCAUGCGACUCUUACAUUCAAUUAUACAUCAGUUAGUUCCGACCAAGCAAUCUGAUUGGACAAGAGGCAUUCCAUGAGUGACGAUAUAGAAGAACAACAUCGCCGGAAUUUUUCACAUCAUGUGUCCCUCCGCCUCAGCAUGCAGGAGCUCUGAACACCUUAAUGAACAUUUA